GCGGGGACCUUUCUUGGUGUUUCAGCAGCGCCAGUCCCAGAAUAUGGCCAAUAAUGUUGCUGAGGGGCGGGGAGCAGCGCGGUCUGCAGACCCACUGAGUCUGGCGGGGUGCCGAGGAGAGGCAGCAGGCAACGGUAGCAGAGAUGGGCUCACACCUUUGAAUCACAAAUCAGCCCCCCCACCCCUACCCCAGUCAAGCAUCUCGGGAGACACUGGAAGACCAAUUUUUGGAGGGGGUUUUGCUGGUGUUCCUCAUUAAGACCGGUAGACUACAGCUACCAAGAAGCAGGAGCGGCAAGGUUUAUAGUUGCAUUGUGACGUUCAGCACUCCUGUCGUCUCACCUGCACUGCCGGUGAAGAGGUCCGCUGUGAUAAAGAUGCAUCCAGAUAAGUACCUACCUGAGCUGGUGUCCGAGAAAAACAGCCUGGACCCCUCCUUUGUGCAUGCGGUGCGCCUGCUUGCAGAAGAGAUUGAAAAAUACGAAGGUGAUGAAUUAAGAAAAGAUGGUGACACCAAGAAAUACCUAGACAUUAUCAGCAAUAAAAACAUCAAGCUCUCCGAAAGAGUUCUCAUUCCAGUCCAACAGUAUCCAAAGUUUAAUUUUGUAGGGAAGCUGCUGGGACCACGGGGAAAUUCUAUGAAACGAUUACAAGAGGAGACAGGAGUGAAGAUGUCCAUCCUUGGCAAAGGGUCCAUGAGAGAUAAAGACAAGGAAGAAGAAUUAAGGAAAAGCGGGGAGGCCAAAUACGCCCAUCUGAGUAACGAUCUGCACGUUUUAAUUGAGGUCUUUGCUCCACCUGGAGAAGCCUAUUCCCGCAUGAGUCACGCCUUGGAGGAGAUAAAGAAAUUCCUAGUACCAGAUUACAAUGACGAGAUCAGACAGGAACAACUCCGAGAGUUAUCCCUGUUGAACGGCUCUGACGAGUCAAGCAGAGGGAGGAGUGUUCAAGCGAGGUGUCUACGACCAACAACCGCAAUAACCACAAGGGGCCACAGAGGCGCGGGAAGGAGCGCGGCAACACCUCGGGGGACAGCGACAGCAGCACACAGCAAACUUCCCACGACAGUUUUGACGAGGGAGGUACAAGUCCCGAGAGCCAGAGGGGCAGCAGCAGCAAGUGUCGGAUACAGGCCCCCGCUGUUAGCAGUCACACAUGAAUCAUACGACGACUACGCCUACGACGACGGAUACGGUGGAGAGUAUGAUGAUGAGAGUUAUGAAGCCUAUGAAGAUAACUACAGCAAUCAGUCAAAGAGCAUUUCAGACUAUUAUGAAUAUGGGCAGGGAACCAGUGAUGAAUCCUACAACAACUAUGAGGAGGAGUGGGCAACCACCCGAGCCAGUCUCAAAGCCCCUGUUUUACGGCUGACGCGAGGAGGCUACAGAAAACAUCCUUAUGGCAGAUACUAAAGGUGGUCCAGACCUCCAAUUCUCAGCUAUUUAUAUCUAUUUUUUAAAUCCAUUAUAAAUGUUGUAACAGUUAUUUUAUUUUGGCCCAUCUCCUUCAGAAAGUAAAAAGAAAAUCCCCACCCCCAUAAAGCACAUAAAGCCACAAUUAUUGCAGUAUACUGAUGUUUGAGCCUUUUUUUAACAAAAGAGACACUUAACAGUUCUCAUCCAUAUGCAGGAAGGUUGUUCUUGGCUGUUUAAAUGCCCUUCAUUCCACCUCCCUCUGCCCUAAAACAUUAAUCUGCAGAUUUAUUCUUGUCGGAUUUGCGUGACUAGUUGGUUUCCAUUUAGUGUCUUUAAUGUAGUGAUUACUAAGGUUUAAUAGCCAACCCCUGCUCACUGUGUUAAAGCAGGCAAUCAUAGAGCCAUAAUUUGACUUAGAGAGACUAUCAAAACUCUGCUGCGUCUCUCUACUUGCUUUAAUUGCUAAGGAGAGUUCGCUGCCCCACAUAACAGAGGCAUUUUCGGGGUGUUGCGAAACAUCCAGCGAUGCCAUGUCCGUUUUUAUCCACCGUGACACGCUACUAGACGUGGAAAACAAGCAAAACUUCUUCUCAUUUUAGUUGUGCCUGUUCUUCAAAUACGAGUUUGUCUAGGGGGAAAUUACUUUUGCCCUUUUAUGCGAGUAUUUUUUUUUUAAGUUAUUCAAACCCCAUUGGCACUUUUUUUCCUAAUUUGGAAAACGGCCCACAAAAUCCAGCUUAGCUCUUUGUCAGUGAGCCAAAAUGACUUUACAGGCAGGAUGAGUCUUUAACCAGCCACAGCUACAGAGAAAAUGUGUUUACUUUAAAUCUGAAAAAGUCUUUUUUUGGAAACUUCAACCUUUCUCCAGAGUUCACUGAUUGGUGGCAGCUGUGUCUGGUUUAAAUAGCGUAUUUCAAAAAUUACUUCAUGGAGAGAUUCAAACUGAUUUCUUCAAGGCAAUUUUUUCCACUUUUUUGAUUAUUUGGUUUAGUAAAAAUAAAACUUUUGCUUUUCUCUCACUUUAUCUGAACAGAGCUAAUCUGAAACUGUGAUUUGAUUUGCAAAAACUAUAACUAACCAACAGCAAGUUUAAACACUCCCCUGAACACAAAUAACAUUAAAUGCACCAAAUGGAAACCUAUCCUUGAAGAAGAGUUGAAGACCUGAGUGCAGAGUGUCUAAAUGACCUGAAAGUUUCUUCUAAAAAAUGUUUAAUGUUGAGAUAUCAGGCAAAAUUACCCUAGGCCAUGUUGUGACUUUAAAUGAUACAAAAUGAUGUGAGAUCGUGAUCGUGCAAAACACAGUUUUGGUUGAAAGCAAUGUACAGUGUGUAAUUUCUAAUGCGUGCUUUGUUCUGUGUGUAAUCUGUAUUUGUACAUAAGGCAUUUAAUAAAAACAGCAUAAACCUCCAACACAGUGUGUAAGACUUUCUAAAUAGCAGCCUGUGAAGCUUUAAAUUCCUAUUUUUCUGCAGUUUGUUAACGCGAUACGUGACGCAAUCCAAGCUUCUUGUUUCUAAAACCUAACAUCUGCUUGCAGGUAACGGCUAACUCGUUUCAUAAAGAAAACCCACCAACCUGUCCCAAAUGAAUCAUUUGUAAAACACCGUAUGUUACUGCUCAAUCAUCCUUGAAUAUCUGAUCACUUUCUUAAGAAACUAAUAAAUUUCUGUUCUUAAUUCAUUCUCUGAAGUUUUACAUCAUUAAACAGACACUGAUUGACUCUGAGAAUGAUAUGGCGUUUAAAGAGGUAAGAAGUCCUCAUAUAUUAUCAUAAUAAUGCCUUAAAAAUGCUCAGCUUUUGGAGCUUAAAGAAAAGCAUGUGGGCAGUACGGGAUCUAGAUGCUGGUAUUUACCUUCUGAUUGAAUGUCAUUGCUGAGGGGGGAAAACAACAACACCCUCAGCAGCUCAUCAAUGUCUCUGCUAACGCCUUUCUGCAUUCCUGUCAUUUAACCUGAGAAACCUGCUCUGUAACUUUCCGUUCUUUAAAUAUCGAAGCUGAGAUCUAUUUAGCAAUUUGAAUUCUCUUUUGUGAUUAGUACACCUGAAGCCUGACUCUCAUUAAGAGUGUAGAUCACGGGACUCAAAGGAAGACUAAACACUAAGCAGAUAAGGAAACACACUGCGGUGUGUUUUGGUCAAAGAGGAGAGGAAUAACAGAGCAGAAGGAAUUGAAAACGGCUCCUACAGACCUGAAGAUUACACUUUGCCACCAAACAAGUUCAGGUCCUUCACUGGCCGGGGAAGUAGCUAGAAAUAAGUUUGGACUCGGAGAGAAGGGAUGAUGCAACAUGAUGGAAAGAGAUUACAGAUCACAAAUAGGUUGCUGUGCACUAAGAAGACAGCAGGUCACACUCCUGGAGGACAAUAUACUUUUUUUAUGUUUUUAUGUGUGCUUGGGCUCUUAGACUACAUGUGUAUUAUAUAUACAGACUUUUAUUUAUUUAUUUAGUUUUGACCUGUAAAAAUCUCCUCAGGUUAGAAAAUUUAGAUUCCUGUUUUUGGAGCUGAAAAGUCGCAUUCAUUUAUUUUUGAUAUUUGAAAUGCACUUUUGGCGUAAUGUCACUUCUGUUCAGUAUUCUUUUAUUUUGUUGGGCGCUGUGGCCUAAAGUAAAAAAAAAUAUAUAUUUUUAAAAAAAUCUCAACACGACUGCACCUUAUUUUAUUUAAAGGUGCUGUCAUUUGGUGGCUGUUGUCAUUACCAACCUGAGUGCACCCUGUGUCUGUUCCCAGCUCUCUAAUAAAUGCUUCAGUUAGGGCUGCCAACACGAACAUGUUAGUUCAUUAAAUAAGUCGAGCCCACUGCUGGCGUUCUGGCCAAGUGUCAAAGCUACUUUACGGGCCCAACCCGUCACUGCCUCCACAAUACACUCCAGCAGCCAGUCACAGCUCACCUCUUGUCAUUUUCAAAGUGGUAGUCAUAAUGAAUGGUGCUGUCUGCAGCUCUACAUAUGGUUCACGGUGAUUAACGCUUGAGAUUGAUAGAAGCAAUACAGGCUCCCUACAAUUCAAAUAAAUGUUCACGACUGUCUUCUUUCUGGA